AUUGCCUUCUUUUUGUCAAGCGCCCUUACUGUGAGACGGUGUUUUGGAUCCUGGCUCACCGCUGUUCGCUUGAUUAAAUUACGAAUAAGUCGGCCGGGACGUUUAAUCAUGGCAUUUAAGGACACUGGCAAAGCACCUGUGGAGGCUGAGGUUGCAAUCCACCGCAUUAGAAUCACCCUGACCAGCCGCAAUGUGAAGUCUCUGGAAAAGGUUUGUGCAGACUUGAUCCGUGGUGCCAAGGAGAAGAACCUGAAGGUGAAGGGACCUGUCCGCAUGCCAACCAAGACUCUGCGCAUCACAACCAGGAAGACACCUUGUGGUGAAGGUUCCAAGACCUGGGAUCGUUUUCAAAUGCGGAUCCACAAGCGUCUGAUCGAUCUGCACAGCCCAUCCGAGAUCGUGAAGCAGAUCACUUCCAUCAGCAUUGAACCUGGUGUAGAAGUUGAGGUUACAAUUGCAGAUGCAUAAAUUUUGUAUCGAAUGUAAUAAAAAAAAUGAAACACA